AGAGAGAGAGAGAGAGAGAGAGAGAGAGAGAGAGAGAGAGAGAGAGAGAGAGAGAGAGAGAGAGAGAGAGAAAGAAGAGAGAGAGAGAGAGAGAGAGAGAGAGAGAGAGAGAGAGAGAGAGAGAGAGAGAGAGAGAGAGAGAGAGAGAGACGACCUCUGCCGAGGGGACUCCUGCCGGGAUUCGAGACCGACGCGGCAGUCUCACGUAUGUCACAUAUCCGUGGCAUACAACAACAUAUCUCGCUAACUAUGCGAGCUAAAUUAGGGUCACAUAACAUGAACUCGACUUCGCCCUUCCGUGACCCGGACUCCUUGUUUGCGGUCAAGAUGAGGGCGAUGGAGGGAGCGGCGGGAGGCGAGUGCAGGCCUUCCUCGACUCACCCGCCGCCGCCCUUCAAGACCAGAAGGAAUAAACAGCUGACGAGACAAUGA